GAAAUUGCGCCCAAUAGAGACGGAGACUCAGCCAGGCAACUGGUGAAACUUUGACUUUCACUUUUAACCAGGCAGCCAGCAGCUACGCUCCUCUGUCAGAGCUAGCAUACAAAUGUUAGCUCGUAAUGUUUUUUAGCUUUUAAAUAAGGUUGUCUGACAUGUUUGCCUCGGUUCGGGAGAGCAGGAGUUCGGGUUUCUUGUUGUUUUUGACCGUGUAACUGUGAGGAGUUGCCGUCUGUGGACAUCCAUGAUGAGGGUGGCCGGCUGGGCGUGUGUCUUGCUGGCUGUCGUGUCCGCAGAUCCCGAGAAAACGCUGUACAAGAAGGUGGGCGAUGAAGUCGUCCUCAGACCAGACGCCGCCUCUGUGACCGGCCCCAUCACCAGCAUUACAUGGAAGGAAGGUCCUAACCUGGCCAUGCAGUGGGACGGGACGGAUAUUGAUAAAUAUCGUCAUUUCAAAGAACGUGGCAGCCUGAACAUUUCAAACGGAGCGAUGAUGAUCACAGGACUGACUCGAGGCGACAGUGAACUGUACACAGUGGAAAUCAACGGCGGCGGCGCCGGUUCAACUCGUCUCACCGUCAUCUCUCCCGUCCCGACGCCCUCCGUUACCAAGUCCUGUGACGACGAGACCAGCUGUGUUCUGACCUGCGAUGGAAACACCACGGGCACUGAUCCGUUCACCUACACGUGGCAUUUAGGAGCCAUUGUGUCGAACGACGCGAGCAAGGAGCAACGCAUUACAAAGGACAACCACUCGAGCGUCGAAGAGUUCAGCUGCAUGCUGAAGAAUCCAGUCAGCGAGGAGAGAAGCCAGCCAAUCACCAACCCUUUCAUCACACCGCCCGAAACUCCAGCAGCAGGAAACCUGAAGAUCACCACAGCACUCACCGUGUUCAUCUGUCUGCUGGCUCCUGUGCUGGUGCUGGUUUUAAUUCACAGAUGGAAAGCAGGAAUGUGGUUCUUCCAAGAAGAGUCCAUGCCCUGGGAAGCAGGCUUCUGGAGCAGGCAGGAGAGGCCACCGAGAGAAGCUGCUGAAUCUAAUGGCACCACUGCUCGUCGCGAGAAGGGAGAAGCAGAAGAGGAAACACCGAUGGCAUAAGCGGCUGCGCGACGUCUGUCUGGGUCUGUCAGGUGUGAAUCACGACGAUCUGAGAAGCUCCGGAGGAAAUCCAGAAGUUGCCUCCCACUUCAGCGUCGGUCUGUCCUGUGUUCACACUACACAUAUUAUUUAAGAUCGGGUCAUAGCAGUGCCAGCUCUAAUGCUUCAAAUAUAUAAAACUCAUUUUAAAACAGAAAGUGAGGGAACGUAUCUUAAAGCUACUUUCUAAACGUAUUCUCAUUGAAAAGACACUAAAAAGGGAACUAUUUAAGCCAUCUGUCACGAUGUAAAAUUAGACAACGAGCCUUCAGAUUUAUUAGCCCACAAUGUAAUAAAAACCCAGAUAGAGAGAAAUGCUUUCACACCUCAUGUCUUCUUGAUGCUCGUCUCUCGAUUCUCCACAGAGGAGCCUCACAGUUUAGACAAUACCAGGAAACAUGCAAAGUGUUUUCCUUUCCUUCCGGGUACCUGGUACCUCGAGCUCAUUAAAAAUCCCCCUCUGACAGUGGAUGUUUUGUGACUGGAAGCACGUCUGGUGGCAGAUUCCUGCAGCCUCACAGUGUCACAGGAGAGCUCAGAGCAUGUGGGCAGGAAGUGCGCUGAGAGCAGGAGGGGGAGAAAGAGAUGCCAUUGUUUGCUUUGGGCCAACAAGAAAGGCAUUGUACAUAACUCUACUGCUGGCUCCUUGGAUUAGUGUGUGUGUGUGUAUGUGUGUGUGCGAUGAGCAUUAAUGUGAACAAAGUAUAUUGUGAGAUGUCAACAUCAAACACGGUCAAUCAUGUAUUUUUAUCGUACCUAUUUGCAGUUUUUUUUAGGGGUUUAUGCUCAUUUCUCAUGUCAGAAUUAACUCGUCCUCGUCUUUGUUUUGUAUUUGAAUGUGCACUCUGCAUCUGAGGGAUCGUGGCUUCUGUGCGUACAUUGCAGUAUACGUGUUUUUAAAUGGAAGACAGGUUUGUUUUUUGUCAUUUAAAGGGGAAAUGUGUAAGAUGUGGCCAGAAUUUUUAGUUAGAUUAAUAUAAAUAAAUGAAACUCACAUCAACAAAGUGUGAAGCAUGCAUGUUGAUGUGAAAGACAAACUAUUUUCACACCUUUUUUCUUUACUGGUUUAAGAAUACAAUCGUAAACCAUUAGACGAGCUUAACUGUCCUGCUCACUCAUUUUAAAUACACUUCAGAGUCAAUUCACCAACACAGUCUUUGUCAGUAAUCACCUCUAGAUCGAAAUAAUCCCUCAAUUUAGAGAGAAAAUAUUUCUACACACCGUUUUGCUCCAUGGCUAACGGCAGCUACUCUCUACUACAAAGACCUUAAUGAGCAGCAGUUAGCGGUUAUGUCAGUACCUUUUUCUGUUUGUUUUGGAGCUACCUUGUAAUCUAGGCCUUUCUCACAAAUUGCACUUUUAAUUUCAACAGAGUGUGAAGAAACAGCAGAUGUCAGACGCCCAUGUUCUGUGUUGCAAGGAUGUCUACUAAAGUUAGGAUGCCGACUACCUAAUAAGUAAACAGAUUAAACUCACAAACACUAAAAAGGAAAAAUAUUUUUACAUCUUUUUUUCUUUACUGAACUGAAUUCAAGUUCCUCUCUGACCAAACUAAGAUUAGCUUAAUAUUCUUGUUCACUCGUCUUAAAACACAUUUGGACAUUAAAGUAAAAGUGACCAAAACAAUCUUUGGUUCAAUAUGUGUUCAGUUCACAGAGCUACACACCGUGCAACAUUUAGCUCCACAGCUAACUGAGGCCACUUGCUAACGGCAGCUAGUCCCUCCAGCCAAAGAGUGCAGUGAACAGCAGUUAGCAGUCACACUAUUGUGAAUCUUUCAUUCUGGCCAUUUCUUACAAAUUACACCUUUUAACUUUCCUUUCCUCCAAUUCUUUGAUUUUGUUUCUUUAAGUUUAAAGCUCGACAAAGCUGAAAGGAUCAGGCUUCUUCUCACGAGAGAAGGUUAAAACCCAUGUUAUUAAGUUUAUUUGUGGAAGUAGUUUUUAACAUGCCAAGCAGCACUACUUAAUCCAAAGCAUUAGUCAUGAAUGAGUUGUGGCAUCUAUGUUUUUUAAUUGAAAAAGGACACAUUGACUUAUUCAAACCCCAUUAGCUUAGUAUUUAUUGUGACCCGUCGCUCUGUCUGAGGAAGUGUUUUAUAAAGCAUAUAUUUAAUAAAAUCACCAGAAAAUCAACCCUGAAA